AUGGCAGCCGCUAUUGAAACUAUUGCUCAAGUACCCGCAACCAUUGCCGUCAGUAAUAAUAGCCAAGAACAAUAUCAGCCGUCGUUUUUUCGACGAGCAUGGGAUAAAUUAGAAAAUAUAUUGGCUCAAGUACAGAAUAAAAGCAUCGCGUCAUAUCUGUCUCAAGAUGACGACGAUAUUCACGAAGAGGAAUUUCAUAACCCGUUAAACCCACACCGCCGACAAAUCUUUAAAGAAGGGUCAAUAAGGUCAAGAAUCUCAACGGAUAGUGACGACAGACUGUCAUCGUCACGAACAUCAUCGCGAGCUUCAUCACUAAGACACUUCGAUCCUUGGCAACAACGCAUUAACGAAGAAUUGCAACAAGCUCAAAUGGAACAUGCUCAAAUUAAAAAUAUGAUUUCUGGGUGGGCGAGUAAUGAAGUUGGACCUUGGUUCGAUUAUUGA